CUCGACUCUACUUGCAUCAUCUCCGGACAAUCCAGGACGUUUCUAGCCCGCAUCACCAAUAUCAAGGCGUAGUUUGCUCCUUCAUCCCCUUGAUUGAGUCGGAAGUCGCUAUCGCUAGUCGCCCCCUAUCACUAUGUCCCGCCCCACAACUCCGGGCGGGUUCAACCUCCGCCGCACUCCCCUGCCUCAAAGCGGCACCGCUUCUCGCUCGGGUACGCCUCUCGCAGCCAAGCCAAUAAUCAGUCUCGAGGACUGGGAGUCGCGCGCACCACUUUCCGAUGAAGAGGUACAGAGCAUUGGUCUCGUGAGGGAGCGCUUCGGCGAGCGUUCAUUGCCAGAGAAGUUCACACACGGGGAGGGAUCGCGCCCGGGAACCCCUCGUAAUCGGCAGGUCGAGAGGAUAGCGCACUCGCGUACCGGGUCAUCGACGGCGCCGCCGACAUCGCCGGGCUCCCCUGCGCCGUCAGGCCUGUCGCAGGACACUCUGCACCCGCUGGCUAUCGUCACUCCACAACAAUUUCACGACCACUUCGCUGCACUUGCCCUGAGCGCUGAGCACGAGCAGGACUCUCUCUAUCGCGAGCACCUUGGCGAGAUCUCGGGGCUGCGAGAGAAGUGCGACGAGCUGAUAGAAUUGCUUCGCGAAGGCGAGGGCGAGGUUGGUGACAUGCUCAAGGCGCUCGAGUAUGUGGAGGAGCGCAGCGAGAGCCUGCGCGGGGCCUGCGAGGACCUACUAGAGGAGCAGACCCACCUUCUGACACACACGUCGGAGCUUGCUCACCGGUUGGGAUACUUCACCUUCCUUGACACAGCGCAGCGGAUGCUCAACAACCCAGGCAACGACCUUGUCCUGCACCCCGACUUCCUGCCCAUGGUGCGACGGCUUGACGAAUGCAUCAGCUACUUGGGAGAAAACCGCGACUUUAAGGCCGCCGAGCUCUACCUCAUCCGCUACCAGCAGUGCAUGACUCGGAGCAUGACGCUCAUUCGCCUCCACUUUGUUGCGGCGAUCAAGGCCCUCGGGAUGGAGAUCCAGAAACGUGUGACAGACAAGUCGCUGUCCGAGACGGUCAUGCGCGGCCUCCUGUAUAACCGUUUCUCAUCAUUGUCAGCGUCGUUGCGGCCUCUAAUUGCCGAACUCGAGCAACGCAUCAGCACAAGCAAGGACGAGCUUCCGCAGAUCUUAGCCGACUGUCACGCAGCCUACGUGUCGGUACGACAGGCUCUUAUGGGUGCUCGUGUUGCAGAGGAGAUCGCAAGACUUGACCCCAUGCACAGCGAGCUCGUCGACCUCACCCGUGCCGGGUGCAGCUACCUGAAGCAGACUUGCCAGGAUGAAUUUGACCUGUUCAAGCAGUUCUUCCUCUCGGGCGAGGCGCAACUCUACGGCUUCCUGGAAGGUCUCUGCGAUCACCUGUACGACCACAUCCGCCCGCGUAUCCUCCACGAGCCGUCGCUCACAGUCCUUCAAGAGGUUUGCACUGUGCUCCAAGCGCUUAUGGUGCAAGAUGUUGGUGACGACGAGGAUCCCGACGAGGUCCUGAUAUUCUCGCCGUCGUCUGCCGAGUUCUCGGCAUCGCCGAUGAUGGAACGCGACGACUACUUCGGAACCUACACGCGCAACAGCCCGAGACUGAGCUUGCAUCGCCAGAGCUCUAUUCUCUCAGACACACGAGGGAGCUCCCAGACGCAGACGCCCGUGCCACGCAAGCGUAGGAAACCACUUGUGCGGCUGCACACCGAAAUCCUGCUUAAAAUGGUUCUGCAGGACGCGCAGACGCGCCUCGUCUUCCGCGCCCAGGCCCUCGUACAAUCCGACGUUCAAUAUUACGCCGCCAAGCCAUCCGAUCUCGACUAUCCCGAGAAGCUUCAGUCGGAGCCCGCUGGCCCGCUUGUGCGGAGACAUGUUGAUCUGUCACUUGAUGACGAGGACGACGAACCUGCCUUUUUGUCAUUGCCUCCUCCGGAGGCGCAAGAGACGUGGUACCCCACACUACGCACGACGCUUGCUGUGUUGUCGUGUCUCUACACGUACAUUGACGAGGCUGUCUUUGUGGACCUAGCACAGGAGGCAGUGUUGACAUGUCGCCGCUCAUUGUCGGCAGCCGCCGACAUCAUUGGCGCCAAGAAGGACAAGGCAGUGGACGGGCGCUUAUUCCUCGUACGCCACCUCCUCAUUCUGAAGGAGAUGACGGCGGGGUUGGAUCUCGGGCGGGCAAGCCGGCACCGCGACUGGCAUGGCAUGACGGAUUUCUUGCGCGCGUUGAUGGAGAACGUCUCCUCUUUGGUCGGAUAUGGCCGCUCCACGCGUGGAGACUUCGCGCCAGAUGCAAAGACGGAUCUCGACAGGGAACUGAAGCGGGCGUGCGAGGACCUCAUUGAGCGAUGCACGCAGGCGGCCACUGCGCCUCUGCGCGCCUUCCUCGAUCGGUGCACUGCGCACCUCUCGGGCAGGGGGGGUGUGCUCUCCGAGCAGGAAUGGGCUAAGCCGGCUUCCGUGGCGGCCGUGCACGAUGAGUUCCGCAAGACUGCCGAAGAGGAGCUGUUGCGAUGGCGUCGCGACCUCAUGCUGUAUCUUCAAGAUGAGGAGACUGUGCGGGUGCUCAUCCCGCCUGCACAGAUCAGCAUCGUCGACACGUACCGGCAAUUCCACGAUCUCGUGAGGUCCGAGUACGACUUUUCGACUGCGGCGGCGCUCAGCACGCCGUCUGCCGUGUCUGCGCAGCUCGAGGGGCCACUGCGUGGCUAGCAAGGAACGGGAGGAGAGUCUCAGCAGCAACUGUCUUACUACUUGAUGUGAAGAGGCUGAAGAGGUCACCUCUCCACACCAGGUUGUGGUUUGUCUAGAGUUGUGGCGGUCACUUGUGGGCAUGGCAUGUGUGCCUGAAUAGAGAAGACUAUUAUCCAGAUUUGGCGCCACAAGCCGUGAACACACAGACCACGAGCUAGCACGGGGCCGCUUGAGGCGAUCUUGUGAUCUUGUACGAAUGGACCGGAGCGAGAUCUGAGAGAUCACACGACGCGUCGCGCGUCUGAUCCGUUGCAGGAUCAUGGGCGGCCAAGUGCGGCGCGCGAGUGAGAUAAACACGACGUAUCCGCACACGCGUGGUGCCACGGGCGCGCCCAACGCGGCGACGGUUGAGCGCGCACGCACGCGGUGAGCAUGAGGGUGGACGUGUGGAGAGUGCGUAAGCUUGUUUGUAGAUG